AUGUUAAGGGUUAACAUGAGGUUAAAGUCCAAAUUAAAACCUUGCCCCACCCUGUGUGAGGGGGGUAUAACAUGUCCCACUGGUUAUAUAUAUAGAAAGAGGAUAGUUUCAUUUCUUGUUCCUGAUUUCGCAGCUGCUGAUCUGAGAGCUGAGCUGAGCUGCUCCAUCUGCCUGAGCAUUUAUACUGAUCCUGUAUCCCUGCCGUGUGGCCAUAACUUCUGCCGGGUCUGUAUUGGGACAACAUGGGACACCCAGGUGGAAACUUUCCUUGAAAAUCCUUCCUGCCCUGAAUGUAGAAAGAGAUUUAGUAGGAGACCUGAACUGACAACAGCCUGGAAGCUGCGUGGCCUGGUGGAGAGAUUCCGUCCAACUGAGACAGAGCCGGGGGAGACUGGGAUCUUCUGCACCUACUGUGUCCUCUCUCCUGUACCUGCUGCUAAAUCCUGUCUCCUGUGUGAGGCUUCUCUGUGUGAUACCCACCUGAGGGGGCACAGCAAGUCAGCAGAACAUGUACUGACCCAACCCACUGACUCUUUUAUGGAGAGAAAAUGUUCUGUACACAAUGAGCUCCUAAAGUAUUAUUGCUGUGAGGACUCUGGUUGUGUCUGUGUGUCCUGCUGCCUGGCUGGAGAGCACAGGGGCCACAGGGUGAAGCUGCUGAGUGAGGCCUCUGAGAAGAAGAAAGAGAAACUAAGGAAGGUUCUGGAGAAACUGAGGACAGAGAGAGAGGAGACUGAGAGAGGAGCCCAGAGACUGCAGGAGCGCAGGAGAGAAGUGGCAGAAAAAGCAGCUGGUGAGAUAGAGAGAGUCACUGCCCUGUUAAGAGACAUCAGGGAACAGCUGGAAGCCCUAGAGAAGCGACUCCUGAGUGACAUCUCCAGCCAGAAAGAGAAGCUCUCACUCCCACUCUCUGAUCUAAUGGAUCAGCUGGAAAUAAAGAAGGACGAGCUGUCCAGGAAGAUCCCUCAUAUUGAGGAGCUGUGCAACAUGGCAGAUCCACUCACUGUCCUACAGGAACGGGAAUCACAUGGAGCUGCAGAUAAUGAGGGGGCCAGAGAGAGACAUGAUAUAAAGGUCCCUGCUGUAGGGGAUCUGGAUGUGGAUCUGAUCUCAGAGACAUUACUCACAGGCUUAGCUGCCAUUGUGACUUGGGUAAAGGGAAGGAUCUAUGGGCAGGAGGCUACAGACCUGUUACUGGAUAUAAACACGGCUGGGAAUGAUGUAUCUGUAUCAGGGGACAGGAAAUCUGCUUCCUACUCACUCACAGACCAGUGUCACCCACAAACCCCAGAGAGAUUUCAGUUCCCUCAGCCCUCCACAGAAGGCAAGGCAGUGGCCAACACGGCAGUAGUGUGGGCAUUUUUCACAUCCGCUGAGGACCAGCCAGUAGCAGUGUGCCAGCUUUGCCGGGUGAGAGAUUGA